AUGACUGACUGCAAGCCCUGCACCACUCCAGUUGACACACAGGGCAAGCUCUCGGAGGCUGAGGGUACACCAGUGGCAGAUCCCACUGCAUAUCGGAGUCUUGCCGGGGCACUUCGGUACCUCACCUUCACCCGGCCGGAUAUCACCUAUGCAGUUCAACAGAUUUGUCUUCAUAUGCAUGAUCCUCGGGAGCCACACCUCACCGCUCUCAAGCGGAUCCUACGCUACCUCCGCGGCACCGUCGACUUCGGUCUACUCCUCUACCGACGGUCGUCCUCCACCGAGCUCGUCGUCUACACUAACGCCGACUGGGCCGGGUGUCCGGACACCCACCGCUCCACCUCCAGCUACUCCGUCUUCCUAGGCGGUAACCUGGUGUCCUGGUCAUCCAAGCGCCAGCCGGUCAUCUCCCGCUCCAGUGCCGAGGCGGAGUACCGCGCUGUGUCCAACGGCGUGGCUGAGGCUUCCUGGCUCCGGCAGCUCCUCGCCGAGCUCUACAGUCCUCUCUCCCGGAGCGCACUGGUCUACUGCGACAACGUCAGUGCGGUGUACCUCUCCACCAAUCCGGUUUAG